UUGAUUUGGUAUUUGAAAAUUCGUUUCUGCCCAGUCGAAUGCCGCGAAACCCCUGCUCCAUCGCGACCCACCACCUCCCGGCGACGCCUUCUCUCUCAUCAGUGCCACCGAGCGGCGCUCCUCCGUGUGCCUAGUGCCUCCAAUGUCCCUCGAGGUCGUUUGAACGGAGCAAAGAAUAGUUGAAUCCCGCGAAACCCCCUUCCUCGCCACGAACCUGCGUCCGUCGGCUUCCUCUUGCCAGCGCCACCUCGCAACGACUUCCUCUUCCCAGCGCCACCUCGAGACGCUCGUACGUCUGCCCAGAGCUGCCGCUCCCCGCGAGCUGAUCGAACGGACCAAACCAACUACGUAAAUUAUCGGAAGACAUUCUUAGCCUUAUUGUGAUGGGGGAAAACGAAGAUGGAAUGCAUCAUUUUGAUAUAAAUAUGCCCUACAAUUCCCCGAGUACUCCAAUAGACUAUAGCCCAUUUUCUGAUUCAUUUGAGCAGAUGCCACCUUAUAUGUCCUACUCUCCGUCGAGUAAUCCAGAUGACUUCAGGCAAGAAGUGCCCCCGACGUCAACUGUGCCAACCGGUACCACAUUUGAACAAAAUCUUGGAAGUACAUCACGGAUGACUGCUGAAAGUUGUCUUGAUGCCAACGACAUGGUAUUCGACAUAAAUGAAGAUUUAGAGGGUACCACUGUUGUCGAGAAUGAUGAGGUACGAGUUGAAGCACCAAGAUCUGGAAUGGAAUUUGACAGUAUGGCAGAUCUUACAGCCUACUAUAAGCAAUAUGCGAAGCAAGAGGGCUUUGGUGUACGGAAACAAAGGACUAGGAAAGAUGAUGAAGGGAGGGCUGUGUACGUGACUGUUGGUUAUGCCCGUGGCGGAAAGUACAAUCCUACGAACAAUAAUAUCUCGAAGCCACGACCAACAACUAGAACGGAUUGUAAAGCGCGAGUAAAUGCGACAUUAAGCAAGAAUGAUAAAUGGGUUUUCACCACUGUUGAAAAUGUGCACAACCACAUAACUGUGAGCCCCAAGAAGACAAGAUUCUUGCGAUCGCACAAACAUCUAGAUGAAUACAGUCAAAGGAUUCUCGACCUAAAUGAUCGAGCCGGUAUACGAAUGAACAAGAAUUUUUAUUCUCUUGUCGUUGAUGCGGGGGGUUUUGAGAAUCUUCAGUUUCAAGAGAAAGAUUGUCGAAAUUUCAUUGACAAGGCUCGACAUUUAAGGUUGGGUAAAGGUGGUGGCGAAGCACUUAAUCAGUAUUUCCAAAGAAUGAGAGAUCGGAAUGAUGGGUUCGUUUCUAACAUGGACUUGGAUGAUGAGGGAAGGUUACGGAAUGUAUUUUGGGCUGAUGCUCGGAGUCGAGCGGCGUAUGAGUAUUUCGGAGACGUAGUAACAUUUGAUACAACGUACCUAACAAAUAGGUAUGGGAUGCCUUUUGCUCCAUUCGUUGGUGUUAAUCAUCAUGGUCAGUCCAUAUUAUUAGGAGCGGGAUUGCUUUCAAACGAGGACACUGAAACUUUUGUGUGGUUGUUCCGAAUGUGGUUGGAUUGUAUGAAUGGUCGGGCGCCCAAAGCCAUGAUAACGGACCAAGAUCGGGCAAUGAAGAGUGCUAUUGCCCUUGUAUUCCCUGAAACUCGUCACAGAUAUUGUUUAUGGCAUAUAAUGCGCAAACUUCCAGAGAAGUUAGGAUCUCAUGCGCAAUUCAAUGCGGGAUUGAAGACUGACCUUCAGACUGCAUUAUAUGACUCACAUACCAGCGGUGAAUUUGAGGAGAGCUGGGGUCAUGUAAUUGCGAAGUAUGAUCUCCACGGAAUAAAUGGCUUCAAUCCUUAUAUGAGGAAAGGUCUUUUUGGGUUCCAGCUUACUUGA